UGCAGGUGGGCGCGGGUUGCAGGGCUGUCGAUCGCGCUGUCGUCGCAGGCGCCACCCCCAGUUCUCAUCGGCCACGUAAUCGAGCCGCGCGCCAGAGUGCUGCAGCUUCGCGGAGCUCGGGCCAGCUGGGGCGCGAAGCCCGGCGUCCUCAGAGGCCGGAGCUGCUGGGCCUCGGUGCCUCGGGGGCGAGCAGCCGGCGCGCCACCGUGUACCUUGCUCGCCCGCAGGAGGUUUCCGCUAACUCCCAACCCUUCGGCGUGCGCCGAGGGCUUGCCUGGGCUCGCCCCGUAGCGCGGCGAGAUGCUGGAGGUCGGCCUGAGGAGGAUGCGAGAGAGCUGGUGUAGGCUACCUGGAUGACAAUCUCAACUUUUCCCAGGAAUUCCUGCCAGCCCAUUAAGUUCCGUUGCGCAUUUCCCCUGAGACCUGUUGUGCUUGUCGCUAAAAUGAAAGCAAUAUUUUCCCCAGUUUCCUUUUAGGACAUUAUGACUCUUCGCCUUUGCAAGACAGUUCAAGACGCUGGCAGGAAAACAAAAACUUCCCACUCCAAGGGACUGUGUUGUCGUCAGGAGUUUGGGAUCGAGGCCAGCGAACGAGGAGCCUCUGUCUGCAUCCUUUCCUUUCCAACAUCCUCAGAGGACCUUCGUUUAUAGCAUCUUUCUAGUAUUCGGGCCAUGGUCCCGAAGGCUUGACCUGUUUACCAGGAGAGAGAAGCUGGCUCCUGAGCCCAAAAAUGGCGGCUAAGAUGGAGAUAACUUUGAGCUCGCAGUCCCAUAUUCAGGCUUCCUCCAAGCAGGAGAGACAUAUAAUAGCAAAGCUAGAAGAAAAACGGGAGCCCCCUCUGCAAAAAGACUGGCCCGAUCCUGAGCUCUCCCGCCAGAGUUUUAGACGGUUUUGUUAUCAAGAGGCAUCUGGACCCCAGGAGGCACUCUCCCACCUCCGGCAGCUGUGCCGUCAGUGGCUGCAGCCCGAGGUGCACACCAAGGAGCAGAUUUUGGAGCUGUUGGUGCUGGAGCAGUUCCUGAACAUCCUGCCCGCAGAGAUCCAGGCUCGGGCCAGGCAUCGAUGUCCAGUGAGCAGCAAGGAGAUCGUGACCCUUGUGGAAGAUUUUCAUCGAGCAGCCAAGGGACCAAAGCAGUGGGUGGCUGUUUGUAUGGAGGGCCAGAAGGUGCUUUUGGAGAAAACUGGAUCCCAGCUGGAAGAACAGGAACUGCCAGACUUUCAACCACAAACUCCCAGGAGACAUCCCAGGGAGGAGACAUCCCAGGCAGGAUCUCAGGAUCAGCCGAGCCCGAGCCCUCGUCAUUGGGAAAAAUCCCUGCUCCUCCAGGAACCAACCUCCAGAUUGGCUGAGACAGAGACCCCCAGGAUGAAAAGUGACAACAAGGAGAAUCCACAGCAGGAAGGGGCUAAAGGGGCAAAGCCCGGUGCGUUGUCAGUGGGCAGACCGAAAGGGAGUGGCCUGCAGAGCCCCGAACCCAGAGGGGCGAGUCUCAGUGAGCCCCGGCUGUCUCAGAGGCAGGUCAGCGCCCCCAGCGCCCAGAAGCCCUUUGCUCACUACCAGAGACAUUGCAGGGAACUGGAGUACAUCGGCGCCCCCCUGAAAAGCCACCCACUGAGAGAGCUGAAGAAGAGCAAGGGGAGCAGGAGGAGCCUGAGCAGCCGCCUGCAGCGUCUCAGUCACCAGCCGGCCCGCUCGGCAAAGAAACCUUACAAGUGUGAUGAAUGUGGGAAAAGCUUCACGUGGAAUUCAGAGCUGAAAAGGCACCAGCGAGUCCACACGGGGGAGAGGCCCUACACGUGCGGAGAGUGUGGGAACUGCUUUGGCCGGCAGUCCACCCUGAAGCUGCACCAGCGGAUCCACACCGGGGAGAAGCCAUACCAGUGCGGUCAGUGUGGGAAAAGCUUUCGCCAGAGCUCCAACCUUCACCAGCAUUACAGGCUCCACCAUGGGGACUGAGGGCAGGCAGGCCUGGGUCCUCGCUGUUCACAAGGAAGGUACUUGCAUUCCUCCUUCCCCUCGCUCGCAUGUAAAUCACAAAGACUGUCUGCGUGACUUACAAGGAAGAAAGCAAGAGGUGCCUGUCCAGGAGGAGGCUGAAGGGGACCUGACGUGCCUGGUGAUGGGGAGGAAGUGGCAGGUCUGGUCCUUGGGUCAGAGAGCACUGGGUGAAGAGCGGGGAGUCCCACUGAGGGAGAAUCAGGACGAUCCUGCAGGUGUGCCCCGCACCUUGAUGUUAACUCUCCCCCUGCUGCUUUAUUUAUCCUGUAACUAUGUUCAAGGAUAAAUCUUACAUAUAGUUACGCGUUUGCUUCCAUAGCCGACAAUCUAUCAUGCGCGCACUCUUUUAAUAAAGAUGAGUGAUCCGCAAGAAUUUCAAGGCAGAAGCUCAUUGGAAUGUAAAUCCCCUAAUAUUCUUCCUGUCAUUCCUGGCUGUUCAUAACAAAGACGCGUGAAGUGGAAGUGUGGAUCUGCUUGUGUGAGGAGGGGUCUUCAAGUAUUGGUGGUGUUAACAAAAUAAACAUACACAUACACGC